ACUGCGCGUGCAACAUUCAUAGGGUGCCUAGGAGAUGAGUUCACGUGGGGAAGUGAGAUAUGGGAUGAGGCUAGGGAGGGAGGUGGAGAGAAGAAACGCAGGAUGCAGCGCCACGAGACGAAAGGGGCUGCACUCUCCUGAGCCUGCCACAUCUCCUCCCUUUGCGUCUCCCGGGGCUGAGCCUCCGUUGCUGCCCGCCCCCAAUCCUUGGGCGGAGACCUCGACAAUAUCCAGCGGCGCAUCCGGCCCUGGAAAACACGGGUAUCUGCCGCGAGUUCUUCUGCUUGACCGCGGCUCCUGGAGGCGGCCGAAGCCUGCAAAGGGCUUUGCCCAAUAAGAUGAACUGGACUGCUGCCACGUGCUGGGCUCUGCUGCUGGCCGCUGCCUUCCUCUGUGACUGCUGUGCAGCCAAGGGCGGCCGCGGAGGCGCUCGGGGCAGCGCCCGCGGGGUGCGCGGCAGCGCUCGAGGGGCUUCAAGGGUGCGUGUGAGGCCCGCUCCCCGCUAUGGCUCUUCCUUACGUGUAGCUGCAGCGGGGGCAGCUGCAGGAGCAGCAGCAGCUGGCGCAGCCGCAGGCCUGGCAGGCGGUUCUGGCUGGAGGGCGGUGGGGCCCAGGGAGAAUGGCCUGGAGGACGAGGACAGGGUGACAGGUGCCAACGGGACUGACGGAGGCGUCUACAGCUACUGGGCCUGGACUUCUGGCUCAGGGUCCACGCGCUGCUCAUGUCUCUGCUUGCUGCUGGCCAGUGCCCUUGGCACCCUGGGACUGCUUGAACCCUAGGCCAGACUGAGGUCAGGGUCCAUAUCUAGAGCCCUAAAACCCACCCCAGAGGCCUCCAUCUCUGAGAGUCCCUUUCUUUGGCUGCCCGUGGUCCCCCAACCCAAAGGGCUGCCUGAACUAUUCUGGACAAAUGAGGCCUCUUCCAGUUGUAGACACCCAAUCCAUCCAUCCCAGUCUCCCCACCUUCCACCCUGACAGGACCCCCCCCCCCCCGCCCCUUGCUGUCCAAGAGAUGCUAAGACCAGGUGUCAGGCCACCCCUAUCCCACUCUAGAUACAAGAACAUGGAGAGUGCUGGCCACCAGGAAGAAGCCACCCUCAGGUUAGUCUGUCUGUUUCUACCACUGAGGCCUGGAGGACUUAGGACCUCCCGCAGAAGCAGCAGAAAUGGACCAAAGGACUUCAUAUUGGGUGAAAGAAGAACAUUCACUGAAACUGUAGCAUAGAAAAUGCUGGGUGCUAACCACCUGCCCAGAGCAGGUCCUGAGGACAUCACAACCCAGAAACAUCCACCCUAGGAUACCCACAGUGGCACUCCUAAAACGUGCUCCAGGGUCAAGGUAGGGCUCCUCUUCCAGGUAGACUGCUCAAAAGACCUUAUGCAAGGAAAAGGCUCUUCCACUUGGAGCCCCUUAGCUCUGAGAAUCACUUAGCUGUUCCUGGGACUCAUUUGGAGUGGGGGGUAUUCACAUUUGGCCAUUAUUUGGGGACAUUGCCAAUCCUGUUGAAUCCCUCACUGAACACUGCCCAAAUGACAUGGCUUCCAUCAUCCCAGUGGGCAGUAGCAUCUCCCACUGGAAGCCUCACUCUCAUAAGAAGAUAAACUAAGGGGGGCAGUGUAAAGUGUGGCACUAGUUGCUAGCAGCCUACACUGUAGAAGGCAGCAGUUCGUCAGGUCCAUGGCUGAGGGACACAGUAGGAUGUGAGCCUGGUCUCUGGACAGAGAAGGCCUGGUGCCUUCCAACAUCAAUGAAGGCUGUCUGACUAUCCACAGACAUCCUGAGAUAAUGCCCAGAGUGGCCUCAAAGAGGUGCAGGCAGUACUUAUAAGGAUCUGCUUUUAGCCUAAACAUUUUAUACACAAACUGACCCCUAGCUUCUCCAGGGACCAACAACACAAUAUCCAUAAGCCAGGCUCAAAAUGCUCCUAACAAGGCCAAGUUCUAUAGUUCUUAUCAUCCUGAACACCCCAAAGAGACAGGUUUUCCCAGUCUUGUUGCCCCUUGGUGCUCCUGUAAGACUCUCAUCCACAGUUGGUCUGUCCACAGGAUCUAGAAUGAGGGAUAUUUGGAUUUGGUCAGUGGACACAAUGCUGAGAUCAGGAUCUCUUGGGCAGGCACACUGCUGAGGGUACAGGUUUCAAAGCUACUCACAGAGUCCUGGCCAGGCACUCUUCUUAACCAGCAAGUUGCAGGAUACAGCGCCCUUCUGCCUCACUUCCACACUGCCAGCCCUGAUGCUCUUCUGUUCCUAACUGAACAAGCUCAAUGCCGCCAAAAACUUUCAGUCUAAGGGCCAAACCCAUCCAGGGACAUCAAAGGCAGACAAGACCUCUCUACUAAAUCUGGUAUAAGGAAGACUCACCAGAGUCCCCUCAACUUGUCAGACACCCAACCAAGAUGGGAUGCAUGGAACAGACCCUUACAUAUACACAGCACCAAGCACUGAAAAUCUUUGGACACAAUGAAGCAUCACUUUUAAAUGCUUAUUUCACACACCUCACUUUUCCAGUGUGUUUGACAUUUGGCACAGCCAUGAGUCUUUGAAAUGCCUUUCCUGCUGGCAAGAAACAGAGGUGCUGAGGGGCAGGCUAAUUGUACCCAGAAGACAACAGGAGGCACCAGCAGAAGGCCAGCCCAUAAUGGCAGCUGUCCACAGGAAGGAGAGGACCAGCUGAACACCCAAGCCAUGGUGUACUGAGGCAGCUGUGGAAAAGCCAAGCCACCACCAGACAUGAGACUGGGACUACUGACCCAACCUAGCCCAGAAGCACCUCCAAUCUGCUCUAACCAGCCCCUUUCCCCUUUAUAGAAUGUAAGCUGCUGACAUCAACAUCAUAUAGGUGCCUGCAGGCACAUGGAUGUCAACAAAGCUGGAAGCCACCCUGUGCCCCUCCUCUAGGACCCAUAAUCCCACUAGCUAGAAGGUGCCUUCCAAAUGUCAGUGAUCCCUCUGCUUGUGCAAAUCUGAACCUUGGGCAGGUAGUCACCUGAGGCAUAGGCCCUGGGGCACAAGGGGAGAGGCCAGUCCUUAGGACUCCACUAUUUCAAACUUCUUGUCCAUCUAUUUGCCCAUGUAAUAGUGAAGACUUAAUUGUGAAAUAAAUCUCUCUGCUGAUA